UAUAUCGGAGCAAAGACGGUUUGACCAGCUGGUGAGGACAACCAUGAACGACUUGACAAGUCAGGUUUCAAAUGUUGAGUCGGGGGCCAACAAGUUUGGGACGAAAGAAGCCAAGUUCACGGCGUUGCAAACGCUCUACACUCUUGCCCAGUGCACGCCGGAUCUGUCGGGUUCCGAUUGCAAUAGCUGUUUCCAGAUAGCGAUAGCAUAUCUACGGGAUUGUUGUGGGGGAAAGCAAGGAGGCAGAGUACUGUUUCCUAGUUGUAACGUUAGGUUUGAAGUGUACCUCUUUUACCAGUCACUACCACCUGGUCCUCCACCUACUGGAUCAGUAACACCCCACAAAGGAAAACAUCAAAUCUCACCGCGGACGAUUGUUGCCAUUGUCGUUCCGUUUUCUGCCUCUAUUGUGCUAUUUGUCAUCGGCUACUGCUUUUUAAUUAGUAGGAGAGCAAUGAAAAAGUACAAUGCUUUACAGGAAGAAAACGCUGCUAAUGAUAUUACAAGUACUGUAGAGUCCUUGCAAUUCGAUCUUGCUACAAUUGAAACUGCCACCAACAGGUUUUCAUAUGAGAAUAAACUUGGUGAAGGCGGAUUCAGUGUCGUUUACAAGGGUAUACUUUCAAAUGGACAAGAAAUAGCUGUGAAGAGGUUGUCUAAAACUUCUAGACAAGGAAAAAAAGAAUUUAAAACUGAGGUGAUAUUGGUUGUCAAGCUUCAACACCGAAAUCUUGUAAGACUUUUGGGAUUUUGCUUGCAAGGAGAUGAAAAUAUACUUGUCUACGAGUUUGUGCCCAACAAAAGCCUUGACUACUUUUUAUAUGAACCUACAAGUCAAGGGCAACUAGAUUGGUCAAGCCGUUAUAAUAUUAUUGGAGGGAUCGCUCGAGGGCUUCUUUAUCUUCAUGAAGAUUCUCGACUUAGAAUUAUACAUCGUGAUCUUAAAGCUAGUAACAUUUUGUUAGAUAGAGAUAUGAAUGCAAAAAUUUCAGAUUUUGGUUUGGCAAGGAUUUUUGAAGUUGAUCAAACUCAAGGGAACACCAGUGAAAUUGUUGGAACAUAUGGUUACAUGGCUCCAGAGUAUGCUAUGCGUGGACAAUUCUCUGUAAAGUCUGAUGUGUAUAGUUUUGGUGUCCUAAUUCUUGAAAUUAUAAGUGGCAAGAAAGUACGUUCUUUCUAUCAAUCAGACGGUGAAGGAGACCUUUUGAGCUAUGCUUGGAAACAGUGGGCGGAUGGAACGCCCUUGGAAGUGUUGGAUCCAAAUAUAGGAAAUUCUUACUCAAGAGAUCAAGUUAUCAGAUGUCUCCAUAUUGGUGUACUCUCUGUGCAGGAUGAUCCAGCUGAAAGACCCACGAUGGCGUCCAUAGUUCUCAUGCUUAACAAUCACUCCGUUUGUUCGCCGUCAUCUCCUCGACAACCAGUAUAUUUCCUUAAUAGUCGAACGAGGCAAAAGCCAUUAAAUGAGCAAGAGUCAGGUCAAUCUACAAGAAAAUCAAUGCCAUUGUCGGUAAAUGAAGCAUCAAUUACUAAAUUAUACCCUCGAUAUUUCAAUCUCAUUGCUUCAACCUCGACGUACAUGACGACCCUUUUUGUCCUCUCCUUGUUGAUCGCCUUCCUUAGCAGAACCCGAACUGAAGCUGCUGCAACUUACCUCGCCCAUGUCUGCCCAAACACCACCACUUUCACCGCCAACAGCACCUACCAAUCCAACCUCAAUCACCUCCUCGGCUCCCUCACCUCCAACGCCACCCGCACCACGGGGUUCUACAACACCACCGCGUCGGCUGGGAACUCCGUCGACACGGUCUACGGCCUCUUCCUCUGCCGGGGCGAUCUCUCCCCCGACGCCUGCCGAGACUGCGCUGCCGACGCAACCAAAGACGUGGUCGAUCGCUGCCCCAAUGAGAAAGUGGCCGUGGCUUGGUACGACGAGUGCAUGUUACGCUACUCAAAUCAGGAUAUCUUCUCCAGCAUGGUCACCGACCCUAAAAUUCUCCUGACGAACAUACAGAAUAUAUCGGAGCAAAACCAGUUUGCCCUGCUGGUGAGGACAACGAUGAACGAUUUGGCAAGUGGGGUUUCAAAUCUUGGGCCUGGAGCCAAGAAGUUUGGGACGAAAGAAGCGAAUUUCACAGCGUUGCAAACGCUCUACACCCUUGCCCAGUGCACGGCGGACCUAUCGGGUUCCGAUUGCAAUAGGUGUCUCCAGAUAGCGAUAUCGAAUGUGGUGGGUUGUUGCGGGGGAAAGCUAGGGGCCAGGGCUCUGUUUCCUAGCUGUAACGCUAGGUUUGAAAUUUACCCGUUUUACCAGUCAGUAGCAACUGUUCCGCCACCUCCUGGAACAGUAUCAACACCCAAAGGAAAAGAUAAAAUCUCAGCGGUGACAAUUAUUGCCAUUGUCGUUCCGAUUUCUGUCUUUGGUGUUCUGUGCGUUAUGGGAUACUGCUUCCUUACUAGGAGAACAAGAAAGAAGUACAAUGCUGUACAGGAAGAAAAUGCUGCUAAUGAUAUUACUACUGUAGAGUCCUUGCAAUUUGAUCUUGCUACAAUUGAAACUGCCACCAACAUGUUUUCAGAUGAUAAUAAGCUUGGUGAAGGCGGAUUCGGUGUCGUUUACAAGGGUAUACUGCCUAAUGGACAAGAAAUAGCCGUGAAGAGGCUGUCGAGAACUUCUGGACAAGGAAAAGAAGAAUUUAAAACUGAGGUGAUAUUAGUAGUCAAGCUUCAACACAGAAAUCUUGUAAGGCUGUUGGGAUUUUGCUUACAAGGAGAAGAAAAGAUACUUGUCUACGAAUUUGUGCCCAACAAAAGCCUUGACUACUUUCUAUAUGAACCUGCAAGUCAAGGACAACUAAAUUGGUCGAGCCGUUAUAAUAUUAUUGGAGGGAUCGCUCGAGGGCUUCUUUAUCUUCACGAAGAUUCUCGACUUAGAAUUAUACAUCGUGAUCUUAAAGCCAGUAACAUUUUAUUAGAUGGAGAUAUGAAUGCAAAAAUUUCAGAUUUUGGUAUGGCAAAGAUUUUUGGAGUUGAUCAAACUCAAGGAAAUACCAGUAGGGUUGUCGGCACCUAUGGUUACAUGGCUCCAGAAUAUGCUAUGCAUGGACAAUUUUCUGUAAAGUCUGAUGUUUAUAGUUUUGGAGUCCUAAUUCUUGAAAUUAUAAGUGGCAAGAAAAUCAGUUCUUUCUAUCAAUCAAAUGGUGACGAAGACCUUUUGAGCUAUGCCUGGAAACAGUGGACGGAUGAAACGCCCUUAAAAGUGUUGGAUCCAAAUUUGGGAAAUUUUUACUCAAGAGAACAAGUUAUUAGAUGUCUCCAUAUUGGCGUACUGUCUAUACAAGAUGAUCCAGCUAACAGACCCACAAUGGCAUCCAUAGUUCUCAUGCUUAACAGUCAAUCAAUUUCUUUGCCAUCACCUCUACGACAACCAGCAUAUUUUCUUCAUAGUCGAACAGAGGAAAAGCCAUUAAUGGAGCAAGAGUCAGAUCAAUCUACAAGCAAAUCAGUGCCAUUGUCUGUCAAUGAAGCAUCGAUUACUGAAUUAUACCCUCGAUAGAAUUAGUAAAUGUUUAUAUUGUUAGUAUUGAUAAAGAAUUCGAACUUCAUGAACAGGGUAAUAAGCCUGCAAUUAAUCCAAUAUGUACGAUUAACCAGACGGGAAAAAAUGAUCGAAAACCAAGUUGUAUUUUUAUUUAUAGUUGCUAAAAUAAUACAAAGCCUCUUUGCAUUACCAAGAUCAUAAUACCUUGGUGAUGGAUUAA